AUGUCUUUCCUUUGUCCCCAUACUUCUAUUACCACCGCCACCAGUUUCUCACACCCCCACCCAACGGAUAGUUGCCACCCACUUACAAUCGCACCAUCACAGAAGUUCCAAGAUCAUAGAAAUUCUAAUCCCUCUCUCCAUCAUCGUCAAUAUCGUCUCCCACCUCCAUCAUCAUCUUCCCCAGUCACAACCACACUAAUCACUGUUGCCACCAUAUUGCGCCACCGCCCCCAGUUCUUCCUCAACAACCACUCACCUAAACUUAAUCUCAACCAUUCGGCUACCUCAGCUGCCACACCUUCCGGUAUCAACGUCACCACUGUUUCUAACCCCACUAUCAUGGUUGAUGACCAAAUCUUCCCUAAACUCAAUUGGACCUCCUCUAAACACUCUGCUUGGAUCAGCCCAACCGGGAUCCUCAAAUGCACCUCGUUUACCAAAAUCUCCUUUUUGCUUAAAUCAUCUGAUUCAUUGGUCCAUGAUCUUUGCCACGCUUAUGAUUUGUGUAAUGACUGUAAUGCCCCUAGACCUGAUCGUUUCUACCUCACCCUUCGGAAAUGGUACCCUUCUCUCCACCCGGAAAUGGAAUUUCGUUGCUUCGUCCGAAAUCGCAUCCUGAAGAUAUCCUCAGAACAAAGCUUCUCCUAUGGUGGUUUCAAAGUAUCGGACCUAGACAUACCAACUGACUACGAGCUUCACGCCAUGGAAACGCCAGUCCAGAUUGAAGAAAUGAGAGAUGACAUCCGACAACAGUUAGGCGAGUUUAGGGAGGAAAUAUGUUACUUGAAAAAGAUCGUGACUGUGAUGGUUGUUGUUAGAGUUGCAGUGAUGUCGUUGAUCGGGGUUCGUGGUUGCGUCGAAUUCUCUGGGUGGGGAUUUUGGUGGGUGUAG